AGGUAAAGACAAAAAUGUUAACCCAGAAGACAUAACCAAGAACAGGGAAUAAAACCCAAUUCGCCAAGGGAAAGUCACAGCCCGUUGCCAAACACACCUUUCCCUCCUCCGACGAUUCUCCUCUCUCUCUCAUCUGAAUCCACAUGCGAUGGGAAGCAGCGGCGGCGGUGGCGGCAGCGACGUCGAGGCGGGCUUCGCGAAGCUGCAGGGCGAGGACUUCGAGUACUAUAUGCAGACCUACUCGAUCGUCCUCGGCCGCAACAGCAAGAAGUCCACGGUGGACGUCGACCUAUCCUCCCUCGGCGGCGGCAUGAACAUCUCCCGGCACCACGCGCGCAUCUUCUACGACUUCACGCGCCGGCGCUUCAACCUCGAGAUCCUCGGCAAGAACGGCUGCUUCGUCGAGGGGGUGCUCCACCUCCCCGGCACACCUCCGGUCAAGCUCGACUCCCAAGACCUGCUCCAGAUCGGCGACAAGGAGUUCUACUUCCUCCUCCCCGUGCGCAGCAUCCUCGGUGGGCCGAUCGGGCCCCGCCAUGCGCCGAAUUACCCGCCGCCCUACUCGCUUCCGCCGCCGUCCGGGAGGGUUGGGAAGAAGGGCGGCAGGGGUAGGGUUUUGGGUGGUGGUGGGGAGUAUUUUGAAGAUGAUGAGGAGGAGGGUCGUGGUGACGAGGGUUUGGUUGCCGCGACAGCAUAUAAGAAGGCUAGGAGAGGAGGGGAUGGGGGUGAGAUGUAUGGGUACGGCGGUUCAGCGGUAGGGUCGGGUGGGAAGGGGGUGAUUUUGGCGCAAUUCGACAAGAAAGCUGAGGCAAGAUCCAGAGUUGACAGAGAUGCCGAUAAUCAGCAGCUUCUUCAGUUGGAAGAGAAGGAUGUUGUAUCAUCUGUAGCUACUGUACUUUCUGAUCUUUGUGGCCCUGGAGAAUGGAUGCCUAUGGAGAAACUUCAUACGGAGGAGCUCUUCUUAUUCUUGUUUGUGCAGUUGGUGGAGCAUUACAGCACUGUUUGGCAUCACAGUCGUGUAAGGAGAUAUCUCACAUCCGAGGACUACCCUGGUCCAGAAUCUAAGGGAAAACCAUGGUAUGGUCUGCUUAUGUUGUUGAGGAAAUACCCUGAACAUUUUGUGAUCAAUACAAGGUCCAAGGGCCGGGUGACUCUAGAGUUCGUCUCUCUUGUCUCGCUGCUUUCAUGAGAACUUGCAGCCUCUACAAUCGCCUAACUUAUGAUUUAUCAGGAAGUGAGAAUCGAUGUGAAAUGUGCGCUUGUAAAUGAUUCCGUGGACAUAAAUUUGAGUUGGGGACUGUUUUUGGCAUUCAAAUAUGUUGGAAACGUGUCUUCUUGUUGUCCUCUCAGUGCCUCAUUGCUGUGGUUUUUCUACUCAAUCUGUGCUUCCUCAUAACAAAGAGACAGAUCGGUUACUAUCCGUCUUCUCCAAUUUGUUAUUGUGGGUUGCGAUGUGUUAAAAUGAUUUAGCUAGUUCAUUUUAUUUUUGGGAACCACUCUGGGAAAGAUUGAUGGUGCGUUUGAGAAAUAAUUUACAUGUAGAUUAUUGUGAUUUAUCAGGAAGCAAGAAUCAUUGUGAAAUGUCGAUGGCUUGGACGUCUGUAUCAGCUUGUAAAUGACUCUGUGGACGUAUAUUAUUUUGUGUUGGCAA